AUGUUUAGAGUCAGUUUAUUGUUAAUUUCUUUAAUUAGAAUUUUUACGAUCUUCUCUCAAUCCAGUUGCUUUUUGAUUGGCCGUUCAGGUAUUCCAUCCUUGUUGACAAUACCAGAAUCAUUAAAUUCCAUUAAAAAUGUUUCUUACGGAAGAAUAUUGAACGAUAAAAUGCAUGUUGUUAAACUGGAGACAAAGUCUGACGAAAAAAUGACUAUGAAACACGCAAAGGAAAUUCCACGUAGAAAAAGAUUCGAGACAACUUUAAAAAACUCGGAAGAACUCUUGACGACUAAACACAACGCUAGUUUUAUGAAACAUAACUCAAACAUUGCUUCUUCUCAUUUAAGAAACGUUAUCUUGAUACUCGUUGACACGGCUAAGCAAAGAAGAGAAGAGGUUUGGAAUAAUUUUGAGAGAACUUACUCAUUUCCAGUUCAUGGAUACUUUCAGGUUGACCAUCAAGAAGAUAACGGACCGAUGAAAAUAGAAUUAAAUGAAUUUCUUUUCCCUGGUAAAAAGGAGGACGAAUGUGAAUGUAAGAAAACAUUACGUUCGCGAAUAUCUGAAUUAUUAACUUGGGCUCAUCGAGUUAAAGAAAUGACGACAAAUGACAAAGGCUACAUGCUGGUACUCGUAAUCCCGGAAAAUGAGCUUGCUUCUGUGAUAGAUCUCUUACGUCACGAGAUUUCUCCAUCCGAUACGCUCGUAAUCGUGACAGAAUUAUGUUCGGAGGAUAUCAAGCGUGUGUCCUUCUUUGCUGAUGGACCAAAAGCUUCGAUUCUUUACCGUAUACGUAUGAUCGAAGAUCUACCAGAUAUUAUCAAAAGCGUUAUAACUUAUUCCUGUCAGGAUCAAGAUUGUAGUAAUCCAGAUAAACAUUUUUAUGAUAUAUCAAUUAGAAAUGUUCGAGAUACGAAUGAUUCACAAAUCUUAGAAAAUGUCAACAAAACCUCUGAAACAAAAUUGGAUAAAAACAGAUUUUUAAACGAAACUUUGGUAGAAAGAAUCAUUGUGUCAAGUGGAUCGAAUAUCAUAUUGAACAAAAUAAACAUGUUUCUUGGUACAUUGACGUCCUUGAUCGUUUUGAUGACUCUUAAUGUAUCAUAAAACUGAUCCUUUCCUCAUUUCUAAAGUUUCUGAUCUUGCCG